CAUCACUAAUCUCUAUAUACAGUUCUGUUUUUCACCAUGCAUAAGCGAAUAUGCAUUUUCUGAAAUUCUUCACAAGGUACACACUACACAGCUUUGAAAGAUUACACCGGUGAUGCAUUGGUAAAUUUAUUUGAACCAGUGUACAGGUUUUAUGUUGGAUUUAAAAUGUUACCCAUUCGGUUUAUUCGCGUUGAAAGAGAUUUCGAAGGCUGUUCGCACCUACGUGAACUCUCGUAUGUAAUUGUCAAAAUGUGCGUGAUGACAAAAGCAAAAAUAUUUCCUUCUUUCUUUUUCGCACGCAGAAACCAAACAAAUAUCAGCAACACCGUCAACGCCAAUUGGGUUUUCGACUCUUACCGUGUAGAGAUACUCAGAGAGAGAGUGAGAGAGAGAGAUAAGCGAUGAAAAAACCGCCAAUUUGGCAACUAGGUUUCACAUGUCAGAGGUGCCAGAUCUCUUCUGAAAGCGCAAUGUUGACUAACAUUUUUUUUCGACUAGUAUAACUGAUUAUGACGAUGGAAAUCCUGGGGAAUAAUAAAGUUCACCACAAAAACCGUGAGUGUAUUAAGUUUUAUAUUUAGGUUUAAUUUUAUAUACUUUAUCAUUAUUUGUUGACCAUAAAAAGGUUUGUGAACUACCAGUUAAAAUCAGUGUUAUAAACAAUGAUGGUGAUUGGUGAUAAAAUCAGCGAUACACAUUCGAUUUUUUUCAGUGUUUGAAUCAACUUCGUCUGUCAGACGGUUUAAACAAUCAUCAUACAAUUUCAUUUCGCGAGAGAGCAGACUCAGACGUUUCCUUCGUUAGUUCAUUCUCUCUCAAGAAUUGAAUUCAUGAUAGCUGUACAAACCGAUGAAUCACUCUCUGCUGAUUGAAGCAGAAUGUGAAUACGAAAGAGAACAAUCGCCAGACGAUAAUUAUCGGUAGCUAGAGUCGAUUGCGAUCGCUGGGAUAAUUUAUCACUCAGUCUUCCAGGGUCGAAAGUGUUGACAGUAAACCCGAUUUUUCUUCUAUUUUGCAGAAUUUUAUUCGCUGACGCUGACGAUUAACAAGAUGCACUUCUGUUCCCCGGUUUUACAUUCAUCGAAAGUUUGUUAACUGUUUCAAGUUUUUUUAAUUAAUGUUUAGUCUGUGGUCGAAUGCAGCUGUUUGUUUGUGCCGGUCCGUGUUAAACCAUUUUUUAACUACGAUAAAGUGACAACAAAUACCAUUCGCGUUAAUCUGAUGAUAGUCUGUAUGGAGAACUGUCGAUUGAUAUAGUUCGUUACCGCUUCGAGGUGAAAAUAAACCGUAAUUCUGAAAAUAAUUUCUUUCUCGAGCAACUUGAAUCCGUGUACAAAGCAAGCUAGCAGCGUCGCUUAUAGUGCUAAGGCCCAUAGCGGGCAAAACUGAAGAUGACUUCAGUAACGUGUAGUGUGUGCGUGCAACGCAUUGUUGCUGAUUCUGAUCGGAUCGACUGCUUUGGCGGGUGCGAGCAAAUUCUGCACGUAAGAUGUUCUGACCUUACCACUGCUGCUGUGAACGCAAUACGUGAUAACGUUGCGUUGAAGUAUAUGUGUUUCGACUGCAGGGAAAAACAAAUAUGCCUCAACGAUAUAAACAAUACAUGCAGAGCGCUGAUGUUGAAAGUUAACGAGCUGAGCGAUCUUGUAGUGAAAUGCGAUUCAACUAUACAGAAUCUCACCGCGGGAUUGAGUGACAGACUUAUUGGUUCAGUUUUGUCACAAGUUCAAUCCUCUAUUAAAGAAACUAUCGCUGCCGAGGCUGCAGUUUUGAAGUCUAUUUUUACAGCUACGAACUCAAGCACUAAUGUGGAGAUCGGUAUAUCUAGCGAUAGCAUAGUCAAACCCACAUACGCUGAUGCAGUGCAUUCUAGCACUGUCUCAUUCAAUGUCACUAAGCGUAAAGCCAAUGGAAUUUCUGCGGUCGAUAUUGAUGAUUGCAGUGUUCUCAGAUCUGGUAAAAGACGCAGAAUGGGCAACCAUAAAACCACUAAAAACAUCAACGCUUUGACCGACGACGUAUGUAUUACACCAUUGAGUUCUAUUCCGUUAAAUUCGCCUAUUGCUCCCACUGCACACGGAAAUGCCACUGUGACAAAAAAUUCCACCGUUGUAAGACUCGAGCAAACGGUAGUGUUCAAGCCAAAAACCGCCCAACCAGUUUCGGCAACCAGAAAAGACAUUAGUGAAAAACUCGACCCCCUGAUUUACGGUACCAACGGAAUGCAACAUCGCGAAAAUGGAGAAAUAGCGGUCAGAUGCGGUUCGACUGAGCUUGCUAACUUCAAAGCAAGUGAAAGACGCAAACAUUUUAUAUUCGGACAAAUAUCAUAUUGAUAAGCUUACACCACUAAGACCUAGACUAAAAAUUAUCGGAUUAAGUGAUGAAACCCCAGAGAAUGAAAUAAUAGACAAAAUUAGAAAACACAACAUGCUGCCUGAAUGUUUUGAAUUGAAAUUAAUUCGCAUGCUGAAAAACAAUAACCCGACCAACCAGACGCGUG